AUGGCUGCGGUCUUCUCCGUGGGUCUACCCCGCAGCAGCGGAGGUCGGUUUUUCCAACGUGACGGUUUCAACAUCACACUGCCAGAUCGGGCAGGUGAGAGCAUGCUGAAGAUGCAGUUCGAGAGAUCAGAAGUUCUGAGAAAUCUGACAGAAGAAGCCCGAGUGAAGGGUGACCUUGUUGUGGGCGACUACGAGGACACCUACUAUAACCUCAGCCUCAAAUUAUUUCAUACGUUUCAAUGGGCCUCCACGUUCUGUCGCCCGCAUUUCAUCUCCCAACAACGACCUCCUGUCUUCGUCGUCCUCGAUGAUGACUAUGCUUUUAAUGUAAGCGUCCUGAAGGCCGAAUUGGGCGCCCUCAAUGACACACAGAUUCGACGAGUGACUUGGGGCUUGAGACGGGCUAGUGCAAAGGUCUAUCGCCCCUUUACUACAAAGGCUUUCGAAAAGUGGUCUGUCUCCAAGCGCGAGAUGCCUUGGCCUUACUACACGCCUUUUGCCUACGGCAUUUUCUUGGUCUUCGGCGCUGAUGUUAUGCAGGAAAUUGCACUUGCUAUGUACUUUACCCUGCAGUUCCCAAUAGACGAUGCCUGGUUAGGCCUGGUCAUGACAAAGUUAGAUCUCGAUUUUCAAACUCGUCCCCACAUGUACAAAAGUUGGCCGAAGGGUGUUAGAAAAGAUUUAAUUUUGUUUGCACGCCUUGACUACCUCUUUCCUUUAAAAUGA